CUAACGUCAGUUGAUUCUUUCAUUCAGAACGACGUUUUAUUAACAUGGCGGCCGCCGUAGGCAGGAUUUGUGGGGCACGACUUUUGAAAAAUUAUGGAGUAGUGGCACCCCAGGUAUGUCAACUAUCUACUGCUGCUAAAGGAUGGACAAAGAACAGGAAACUGUGGUUGUCCACGUUGGGUGUGGUCGGCGGUGGUGUUGGAGCCCUGCUGUUUGCCCUGGAACAGUCGGUGCAGGCAUCUGGCACCGAGGCUCACCCCUUUCAUCAGCCCUGGAGCCAUGAUGGAUGGUUCAAGUCCCUCGAUCAUGCCAGCGUCCGCCGUGGUUACGAAGUGUACAAACAGGUGUGCAAGGCGUGCCACUCUCUCCAGUACAUCGCCUUCCGCAACCUGGUGAAUGUCACUCACACCGAGGAGGAGGCUAAGGCUGAAGCUGCUGAGGUGAUGAUCAGAGACGGUCCCGAUGAAGAGGGCAACUACUUCGACCGGCCUGGCAAGCUGUCCGACCACUUCCCGUCCCCGUACCCCAAUGAGAACGCUGCCAGAGCUGCCAAUAACGGUGCGUACCCACCGGACUUGUCUCUGAUCGUGUCCGGGCGCAAGGGCGGCGAGGACUACAUAUUCGCGCUGCUCACCGGCUACACGGAGCCUCCCGCUGGUGUGCUACUCCGCGAGGGACAGAACUACAACCCCUACUUCCCCGGAGGAGCCAUUGCUAUGGCGCAGGUGUUGUUCAACGAGGCUGCCGAAUACAGCGACGGUACGCCGGCGUCCGCCCCGCAGCUCGCCAAAGACGUAGCCACCUUCCUCCGGUGGUGCUCCGAGCCCGAGCUCGACGACCGAAGGCUCAUGACCAUCAAGGCCCUGGGCAUGUGCUCCCUCCUAGCCGCAGUUGUAUACUACUACAAACGACACAAGUGGACCUCCAUCAAAACCAGGAAGUUAGCGUACAAGCCAGUCUCUAAGAAGUAAAGCAUAGAAAACGAAACGUUUUAGACAAUUUUUUUUCAAUAGGCACAGUUAUGUUGAUAAUUAAAAUAAUUUAUUUCUAUCCGGAUACAUGUUUUCUUUUGUGGAUGUGUCGGCUUGUACCAUGAGCGCAGUGUUGGGGUGAUAUUAUCAAUAAUUGUAUUAUUAAAUUAAAUCUGUUAAGUAUGUGCAUUGAUUUGAGCACAGAUAUUGCUGCAUACUGUGCUAAUGUUCCAUAAGAAUCUAGCUGUAAAUCAGUGUACAGAUCAAUAAAUGAGUUAUUGAAAACCAUCA